CAUUAGCAGUGUAGCGGGAGGUGGAGGUCUGCACUCAUUGCUAGACUAGAAGCGUUUACAGUCCACAGUGGCAUUGAGGGUCACACCAACAGCAGGGUUACUCUGUGCCAAGCCCAGCUCUUUACAGGGAUCAAUUCAUGGAUUGUAGUCCUAACCGUAUAGGGUAGGCACUUGUAGUGUUCCCAUCUUUAAAGGUGAAACAGUGGCCAGCUUUCCUCCUAACAGGUCUCUGGAUUGCAUGCCUGUGUCUGUUGCAGUUUCGGCGUUUCAGCAGUGCCUUAUUCAUAGGACAAAACUGCCAAAGCCGAGGUCCAGCAGGCUUCUGAUGGAUCCCAGAAGACUCCAGAUGGGGCGCAGCUUCCGUCUGAACACCUCUCCCCUGCCACGAGCCAGGGCACUGCAAGCAAAUGCCCUUUCCUAGCAGCCCAGAUGAGCCAGAGGGGCAGCAGUGUCUUCCGCAAAGCCAGUCUCGAGCUUCAGGAGGAUGUGCAGGAAAUGCAUGCCUUGAGGAAAGGUAAGCAGAAGAGGCCAGAUCAUUAAGCAGCGUGAAGACGUUCUUUUGGCUUGUUUGAACCUUCAGAUUUGUAUAUCAGUCAUUACUAUGGCAGUAUUUGUGUAAACACUUGCCUCUUUUAGGGCCCAGGAGGAAGGUCAUCAAGAUAAAUAAGCAAAAGACUGACAGUCAGUAUUGCAAAAUGUGGGACUUUCUGGUGUGUGUAGGAUGUAACCAGCUUCUACAGUAACUGCCUGAUUUCUUACGACACUCUGUAGUCGAAAGCUGCUACCAACUGCCCUUUGUUUCUUUCCCGCCAUCUGGUGGGACCAAAGAUAAAAACAGAUGGGGUUACUGCAUUAAGUGCUGGUCUGAGGACCCCCAAGCCGUGUGUCUUACUGAUGGUCAUCAAGUGGCAACCUUAAUUCCAGCUGUGGCUGUAUUCUUUGGAGCAGUCAAGCUCCCACCCCCUACCCACUAAAAAAAAAGCUUCACCAGCAGAAAUUAUGCAUAUAGCCAGGACUGUGUUUUCUGUGAAGAAAAUUGAGAUUAGUUUCGGAGGAGGGGGCAGACGAGGAAGACAUGCUGACCAGCUAGAGAGUUUUGGACUUGAAUGUUUUUUAAAGCUGGCUGGUAGCUCUGAAAACAAAACAGUGCCAAACGUGGGCCAUUACAAUAACUGAAAUAGAAGAAGGGAAGCUUCAUACACUCAGUUACAAUUAACUUUAGUUAUGAUUGGCUUUGUGUGUGUGUGUGUGUGUGUGUGUGUGUGUGUGUGAACCAGGCAGGAAGCUGUUUUUUAACAGUAUGUUUGGGAGGUCUUGGAAACUCAGAAUAUCGGGAGUGAAGUAAGUCAGUCACGAAAGGACAAAUAUUGUAUGAUCCCUCUUACAUGAAAUAUUGUAGAACAGGCAAGUGUAUAGAGACCAAAAUGUAUUAAUGGUUGUCAGGGGUGGGAAGGGAGGAGUCAUUGCGUAGGGGGCACCGAGUAUCCGUUAAUGGUGAUGGAAAAUUUGACAUGGAGUACUGGUGAUGAUUGUACAAGACGAUGAAUGUAAUCAGUGUCACUGGAUUGUACGUGUAAAAAACGUUCGAUUGACAAAUGUGUUAUGUUUUUACCACAAUUUAAAAAAAAAAAUGGAAUGUAGGUCCCAUUUGCCUCUUGUUACUUUUGUUACAGAGGUUGUCCAAACCUCUGUGAACCCCCGUGUAAUUAGUGUGAAGACCGAUGGCGAGGAGCCAAGUGGAUUGCUGAAGAACUUCCAAGAUAUCAUGCGAAAGCAAAGACCAGAAAGAGUGUCCCAUCUUCUUCAAGAUAAUUUGCCAAAAUCUGUUUCCACUUUUCAGUAUGAUCGUUUCUUUGAGAAGAAAAUUGAUGAGAAAAAAAAUGACCACACCUAUCGAGUUUUCAAAACCGUGAACCGGAGGGCACACAUCUUCCCCAUGGCGGAUGACUACUCAGACUCCCUCAUCACCAAAAAGCAGGUGUCGGUUUGGUGUAGCAAUGACUACCUAGGAAUGAGUCGCCACCCACGGGUGUGUGGGGCAGUCAUGGACACUUUGAAACAACAUGGUGCUGGGGCAGGUGGCACUAGAAAUAUUUCUGGAACCAGUAAAUUCCACGUGGACCUGGAGCAGGAGCUUGCUGACCUCCAUGGGAAAGAUGCAGCACUCCUGUUUUCCUCAUGCUUUGUAGCCAAUGACUCGACCCUCUUUACCUUGGCUAAGAUGAUGCCUGGCUGUGAAAUUUACUCUGAUGCUGGGAACCACGCCUCUAUGAUCCAGGGGAUUCGGAACAGCCGAGUGCCAAAGUAUAUCUUCCGCCACAAUGAUGUCAGCCAUCUCAAAGAACUGCUGCAAAGAUCUGACCCUUCCGUCCCCAAGAUUGUUGCAUUUGAAACCGUCCACUCAAUGGAUGGGGCGGUGUGUCCACUGGAAGAGCUGUGUGACGUUGCCCACGAGUUUGGAGCAAUCACCUUCGUGGAUGAGGUCCACGCGGUGGGGCUGUACGGGGCUCGAGGCGGAGGGAUUGGCGAUCGGGAUGGAGUCAUGCCAAAAAUGGACAUCAUUUCUGGAACACUUGGCAAAGCCUUCGGCUGUGUUGGCGGCUACAUCGCCAGCACGAGUUCUCUGGUUGACACCGUGCGGUCCUAUGCUGCGGGCUUCAUCUUCACCACCUCCCUGCCGCCCAUGCUGCUGGCUGGAGCUCUGGAGUCUGUGCGGAUCCUGAAGAGCACUGAGGGGCGGGCACUUCGCCGCCAGCACCAGCGCAACGUCAAGCUCAUGAGGCAGAUGCUAAUGGAUGCCGGCCUCCCAGUGGUCCACUGCCCCAGUCACAUCAUCCCUGUCCGGGUUGCAGAUGCUGCUAAAAACACGGAAGUCUGUGACGAGCUAAUGAGCAGACAUAACAUCUAUGUCCAAGCAAUCAAUUACCCGACAGUGCCCCGCGGGGAGGAGCUCCUGCGGAUCGCCCCCACCCCUCACCACACACCACAGAUGAUGAACUACUUCCUUGAGAAUCUUCUGGCCACGUGGAACCGAGUGGCGCUGGAGCUGAAACCACAUUCCUCAGCUGAGUGUAACUUCUGUAGGAGGCCGCUGCAUUUCGAAGUGAUGAGUGAAAGAGAGAAAUCCUACUUCUCAGGCAUGAGCAAGCUGGUUUCUGCUCAGGCCUGAGUCUGACCUCAGUUACCUAAUCCCAGACCGUGUCCUCCCAGCGUAGUCACCACAGUUGUCUUUAUAUGUGAAUUAAGUUAUAUUAAAUUUUAAUCUAUAGUAAAAACAUAGUUCUAAAAAUAAAUUCUUGCUUACGUGACGAGUCCUUCUGCUACUGGCUGCGGAAUCAAAAAAUAAUUUUUCUUCAUCCCUUUAUAAAAUACGCUGGUGUUCUGGUAAUGGCUUCAGACCUGCCAGGGUGGCAGAACUUCCCUUUGUGCUUGCCCGGCUCCCUCUCCGUGCCCACUGCACCCAGGCCCACUGCACCCAGGCGGCUGGAUGCUCGGGGCGGGGGGAGACG